GGAGCUCCAUCCCAACUCUUCCCGAGUCUCCCAACGCUCCCCUCCCUCCCCCUGGCCCGUCUUUCUCGCGAGGCCGCCGCAUGAUGUGAUUGGCUGGCUCCUUGCGCAACCACAUUCAACGUCCUGUUUACCUUUGCGCAUCAACCCCGAGCCUCUCAACCUCACCUCUUCUCGUCUUUUCCACCCAUAUCUCAUUGGACCCCAUCCAUUUGCGCCUUAGCGUGAUCGCCUUCUGUUGGCGACUCUAUUUUCACAUCUUCAAGCCCUCAAAACAACAACACCCUCACCUUUUUCAUCCCCAAUCUGUAAGUUUACGCCGCGCGCAAAGCUCCAGCUCCAGCUCCAGCCCGCCAUGCCUGUUGAGCUCCGCAAGCGCAAGGCGCCGCCCCCGCCUCCUCCGCCGGCAAAGAAGCAGUCCAGGGUCGCCAAGGCCGCCUCCAAAGUCAAGGAGACGGUCAAGGGGAAGGUACCCGAGACGGCUGCUAGCGCCAAUGGCAACGGUGCCGCCGCUGCCGCUGCCAAGCCCACAGUCGGCGACAUCAUCACGCUUGACGGCUUCGGCGGCGAGAUUGAGACCAACGACGGUGCCAAGACGACCCUCAAGACCCUCGUCGACGAGAGCAAGGCCGGGGUGGUCCUGUUUACCUACCCCAAGGCCUCGACUCCGGGGUGCACCAGACAAGCCUGCCUUUUCCGCGACGCCUACGACGAGCUGAUAGCCGCGAGCGGCCUCGCCGUCUACGGGCUGUCUUCCGACUCGCCCAAGGCCAACACGACCUUCAAGGAGAAGCAGAAGCUGCCCUACCCGCUGCUGUGCGAUCCUUCGGCGUCGCUGAUUGGCGCCAUUGGCCUGAAGAAGGCGCCCAAGGGCACCACGCGCGGCGUCUUUGCCGUCGACAAGGCCGGUAAAGUGCUCGCUGCCGAACCGGGAAGCCCUGAGGGGACCGUCAAUGUCGUCAAGGAGCUCGUCAAGAGCCUGAGCGGGAGCGAGGCGGCCGCUGAGAAGGUUGAGGAGAAGGUCGAGGAGGCCAAGGGGGUUGAGCAGGCUAGGGAGCAGGAGGCGGCGGAGAAGGGCGAGGAAAAGCCCGCUGAGACGACGGCACCGGCACCCGCACCGACGAACGGGGAGGAGAAGGUUGAGGAGAAGAAGGAGUGAUGCAGCGGGGGGUAUUGGGAGGAAGGGAUGUUUUGCUGUGAUGAGUGGCUGAGCAACUUGUCUUCAACGGCUCGGUCUGGGGAAUGUGUAGAUAUACUAGGUCUUUUCGGUUUAGUUCUUCUUAUGUUGGCUGCGAACAAUCGGAUUGGUAUUUGUUUCCUUGGGAGACACUAUCGGACACGGAAUCUUCAUCUAAUGCGAUGGCCCGUUCAUAAAACCGCCAGCAAUCAUUCUUUCUGCCUGUAGCUUCCGCCA